AGAGAAGGAAAAAAAAAAGCCUUUCAUGCAUCGGAAUGGUGAAACUGGAGCCUACACGUUGGACCCUAGUACGAUGUGGAGCUGCCCGAGUUCAUGCCAAGCUUCCCGGCGGUAAAUCGAGGAGUAAACUCGGUGUCCAGUAACUGUGGGGAUCCGCGGGACAGAUCAGAGUCGCUGCCUGAUGGAAGGAGAGAGGAGGAAAAGAGGGACAUCUCUCCUCGCUCAACGCACACGCAUUUUUCUAACGCGUUUUUAUUUAUUUAUCUAUUGAUCCGAUCUCGCCUGAUGGAUUGAGUGUUUUUGCGUGCGUGUAGCAUGAUAGUGAGAGCGACAUCAUGUCUAACGUGAGGCCGAGUAAGAGCGUGGAAUGGCUGCGGGCGGAGCUGCAGUCCGGAGGCGCGUCGCUGCUGCUGCUGGACUGCAGACCGCACGACCUGUACGAGUCCUCGCACGUCCACACCGCCAUCAGCCUGGCCAUGACGGGGCUCAUGCUCCGCAGGUUCAAGAAGGGCAACAUACCCAUCCAGACUAUCAUCCCCAAACACGAGGACAAGGAGAAGUUCGCGCGGCGCUGCCAGACGGACACGGUGGUGCUGUACGACGAGAGCGGUGCGGGCUGGCAGGACGGCAGCGCCGCGUCCUCCCUGCUGUUCCUGCUGCUGCACAAACUCUGGCAGGACGGCUGCAAAGCCUACUAUCUGGAAGGUGGUUUUGUAAAGUUCCACACAGAGUAUCCGGAGAGAUGUGAGACCCUCCUGGACAGCUCCUGCCCCAGCUCCUCUCCACCCAUGUCCGUUCUGGGCCUCAGAAACCUCCAGAUCAGCUCCGACUGUUCCGACGGGGAGUCGGAUCGGGAGCCCGGCAGCGCCACAGAGCCGGAGGAGAGCCCCCUUCCCGGUAACCAGCCCGACUUCCCUGUCCAGAUCCUGCCCUACCUUUACCUGGGCUGUGCUAAGGACUCCACCAACCUGGAUGUGUUGGGCCAGUACAACAUCAAGUACAUCCUAAAUGUCACGCCCAAUCUGCCCAACAUGUUUGAACACGACAGCCGCUUCAGGUAUAAACAGAUCCCCAUCUCGGACCACUGGAGCCAGAACCUGUCCCAGUUCUUUCCAGAGGCCAUAUCAUUUAUCGACGAGGCUCGAUCAAAGCGGUGUGGUGUCCUCGUCCACUGCCUGGCCGGCAUCAGCCGCUCGGUCACGGUCACCGUGGCCUACCUGAUGCAGAGACUCAACCUCUCUCUAAACGAGGCGUACGACUUCGUCAAGAAGAAGAAAUCCAACAUUUCACCCAACUUCAACUUCAUGGGUCAGCUCUUGGACUUUGAAAGGACGCUGGGGCGGCACACUCCCUGCGAUAACCGCUCCACGAGUGAAGAGCAGCUCUUCUUCACCACGCCAACCAAUCACAACGUCUUUCAGCUGGAGUCAACAUGAGGAACGGCAGCGCAGCUUUUUUUUAUUUCUGCUGUUGUUUCCUGUGGUGUCUCGUAGGGUUUUCUGAGCCUGACUUGCUGACACAAGCAGUAAGUUGGUUACAGUGUUCAUGCACCAAAAGGAACUACGUCCAUCUUUUAAAAGAGCAGUACCCGUAUGCAGAGAACAAGCUCCAGACUCGAUGCCUUAAUACGACCAUGAGGGAGAUGUUUGCCCUCCACCACACAUGGCAUUAAUGAAAGGCCAUGUACAGUCACUAUAGCAGGACAUUUCAUAACUUUUCUAUUGUUAUAUGACUGUUCCUUGUUAUUCACCAGCUGUAAAAUGGAUGUUCAUGUAUUUCUCUGUUAUAUUUUACCAAUCUGAAUGUUUUAUGGGGCAGAUGCCCUCCAGUGCAUUAUAUUGCUUAUAAUUACAUUUGCUUAAGAUAUCCUCUACAAAGGAACUCCUUUGUUACCUUUGUGUCGAUGCCUAUUGUUCCAAAAGCCUUGGCCAUUCCUUGAUUAAAAAAAAAAAAAAAAGUCAGCUAAUGUCACGUACCAUGUUGAAGGAAACUGUUAAGGAAUUACUUUUUACGAGUGAAAAGAGAGAGACGUGUACGUUUUCAUGGUAGAAAUGAAUGGAUGUUCACAUUAUUUUUUUAUCCUGACACUUGUCCAGCCUGCAGCUACUGCUUCUGUGGUACAUUGUUACGGGAAACAUGACUUGUAAUUAGCUGUUCUCUGUUGCCAGUCUCGUCUCAGAACAAAUGAAUGAGUUUCAUGUGUGAGAGAAAAUGAAAAGGAAGUGAAUUUGAAACGCAUGUUCUUACCUCAACAAGAGACGUUUUCAGGGAUUUUUUUUCAUACACAAGGCAUCUGUAUGUCAUCUUGGCCUCUUAAAAUGCACCCAAGGGCUGUUCUGUUUGGUGUGUUUGUAAAAAUGUACAUAAAAUGUGGUUGUUUUGGGGAGACACUUUCUGUAAAUCAUGAAGGAGAUGGAAGUGAUAUAUAUCUGGGGCCUUGUGCAUGGCACACAAGGCAUUGUGUGCAAGUUUAUACAGCAAAUAUAUUGUAUAUUUUUACUUGAA